UUUCUGUGUCGAUGGGAGAGGAGAUGAUGAGCUGAGAUGAUGAUGAGUUGAGAUGAUGAGCUGAGAUGAUGAUGAGAUGAGAUGAGCUGAUGAGCUGAGAUGAGAUGAUCAGCUGAGAUGAUAUGAGCUGAGAUGAGCUGAUGAGAUGAGCUGAUGAGCUGAGAUGAGAUGAUGAGCUGAGCUGAGAUGAUAUGAUAUGAUGAGAUGAGCUGAGAUGAUCUGAGCUGAGAUGAUGAGCUGAGAUGAUGAGAUGAGCUGAGCUGAUCAGCUGAGAUGAGAUGAUGAGCUGAGCUGAUGACCUGAGCUGAGAUGAUGAGAUGAGCUGAGAUGAUGAGCUGAGCUGAGCUGAGCUGAUGAGAGAGCACGUGAGCGGCUGUUGUGGCGCGUGGGGAGUGCGGUGCGGUGCGGUGCGGUGCGGUGCGCAGAUCAUCACUCCAUGAGGAGCGCGAGGCUGUUCGGGAUGUGAUCGAGAGCCUUGUGGAUGCUCUGCUGUAGUGAGUUUUACUCGCAGUCUCCGCUCGGAUCAGCAUGGCGUGGCCCUGCAUUAGUCGGGUUUGCUGUCUGGCGCAGUUCUGGAACCAGUUUGACAAAUCGGACCUGUCCGUCCCACUGACCAUCCAGAACUACUCGGAUAUCGCAGAUGAGGAGAUCCGCUCGGUGACCGGAAGCGUUCCCGCAGAGCGAGCGCAGAAGCGCGAGCGGGUUCCCCCGGAGCACGGAGACUCUCCCGCGGCACCGGGCGGCGGAGGGACCCGGGGGCAGAACCGCAGGCGCGCGGAGCCCAGUUACAGAGCGCGCGAGGACGCGCCGUUCCCCAGCCUGACCCAGUACAAACAGGACUACAGACCCUGGCCCAUUCCGAAGAAGGACAACUUCCCGUGGAUUAGUAACGGAGUCGGGAAAAGCAGCCCGGGAAAACCGAGCCAAGAGCGCGCGGGCAAACCCACACACACAGAGAGAGAAACAGCCAAAACCAGCUCUUACAGAGAGGAGUACAAACCCUGGGCAGGGGUGCAGCCAUCCAAGCCCAUUCAGAAAAGGCCUACAUUUCUGGGUAGAGCUACCAGCGAGCCUCCUCCUGAGACCAGCUACCAGGCUGCCUUCAGUGCCGACACACACAGACAUGCGGACGUCAGUGUGCCAGAUAUAACCACACGCACACAACCCAACGUCGCAGAGAUGGCAGGCAGGCCUGAGGUCAGUUCCAGACCUGAGGAGCAGCUGGUGAGGACGAAGUUGUCUCCCAACCCGUCUGCUGUGUUCCAGAGUGGAUCACGAAUCUUCAACAUAUGACCCAGUGGACCAGUUAACCCAGAAGAUAAAUACGGAUUAGGAUUUCACUUUAAGACGAUGCACACACAGCUCACUGAGCUUUUAGGGAACGUUUCAAAAGCUACAGCAGCAACCUUUAACAGGCUGAAUCGGCUGAAGGUUUGAGUGAUAAUCUGAAAGCGACAGAUGGUGUAAUAAAAAAAAAAAACCAACAACCCGAGGCUAAUUUUCCAAACCAUUCCAUAGUGCUGCGUGGGUAGAAAUGAUGGAGGAAUGUAGGGCUAAUUCCACUUGGUGUGAAAUCUAUGCAAGCGAAUGAAUUUCUGAAAUUAAUCUCAGUUUCAUGAAAGUCUCCAUAAUUAUUGGCAUGCAUCACGAAAAUGGAAAAAAAAAGACUAAAAAACAGUAGCACAUGCCAUGUGAUGUUUUGAUCUUAAGUA